GAAUCCUAAAAAUCUUAAAACUAUAAAUUAACACGCGAAAAAGUGCUUGUUUUUCCCGUCUAAUACCUACUGUACCUGUGGCCGCUGUACCGAUUACAGCCAAGAUGGUCGCAACGGGAUUGAAAAGCUGCUUCACCUGUUGCCGACGGACGGAAAACUUUCUCUGCAUCACAGAAGACGAUAACUUGGGCGAGGAAAACUUGGAGGAAAUUUUCGUCAAACACUUUUGGUUUUCCAAAGAUGAAUAUCGAAACGGUGUCUUGUGCAGCAGCUGCUGGGCAAAGAUUGACGAAUUUCAUAAGUUCUACUGUGAAGUGGAAAAGCUGCACGCCUCCAACCAGCUAGAAACGGAACUAAAAUCCGAACCGAACGACGAGAAUCCGGACGGCAAUGAAAGCUUACUAUUUGCAGAAGCGAUCCUCAAGAUCGAAGAUCAAGAUUCCCUUUAUGUGGCAGUGGAAAAACUGGAACCUUCUUUGACCAAUGUGAACGAAAACUCAGAUAGCGAAAACGUAAGCGUACCGCAGCAAGAGGACAAUCUGGAUGCAGACGAGGACUGCCCCGAACCACCAGAGAAAAAGCUUACCGAAUCCGAAUCCGAAUUGGAUUCAAAUGUCCCGCUGGCAAAGCGCCGCAUUGCAACAGCCAGUGUUCGAAAGAAAUGCACUCCCCUCCGCUCGCCGGCUUCGACCUUGCGGAACGAAAAGUUCAUCUGCCAUCCGUGCGUCCGGGCCGGCACGAACAGCGAUCGGACGUACCGUACGUUCUACUGGUUGAAGCAGCACUUCAACAAGCAGCACAAUAAAACGCGCUGCUACAUAUUCUGCUGCGAGCGGCAAUUUUUUACGACACGCGGUUACAACCGGCACGCCAGUAUCGAACACGACAAAACGAGAACCAAAAAGAGGCGAUGCGUCGAGUGCGCCCGGUGGUUCAAGGAGGAAAGCACCUUCCAGUCGCACAUGUUUCUGGUGCACACACCGGAGGAGGCUAAAAAGUUCCAGUGCACGCAUUGUACGAAAACUUUCCUUCUGGAGGAUCAACGCAACAGUCACGUGAAGUGGCACGAGGAGGUGGAACAACGCAAUCAUUAUUGUUCGCCGUGCGAUCGAUAUUUUGCGGUGGCUGGCAAUCUAGAAAGGCACAUCGAACAACACCACACGAACGAGCCGUCCGCUUCCGGGGGACAAACCAGCAAAGAGAAAAAUGCUACCGGGGAUCAGAACGAGGGUACCGAUGGUGAAGAAGAUGAUGACAGUGAUUCGGAGAAACCAACUGCUGCUCCAACUGAAUAUUGGUUAAAUGAACCAGUGAAGAUUAGACGUCCCCCGGAGGUAAUCGAGGAGCAGGAAGAGCUGAUUAGACAGUUCAUCGUGUACAAUUGCAGCCGCUGCGAGUAUAUCGGUAAAUCGUUUUGCGAUUUGAAAGGUCAUACCGCGAGGAAACACUACACCAGUGGCAGUAUUGUGAUCUGUUGCGAGCGAAGUUUCACCAGCAGGCAAAUACUGUACGAGCACUGCCUCCGUCAUCGGAAUCCGGACCAGUUCAAGUGUCACAAGUGUGAUAAAAAUUUCACCGACAGUCGCGGGUUGCGGCAUCACAACUGGUGGAUUCACACGCCGGUUUCGAAGCGUCCGUUCAAGUGCGACGUUUGCGGCGAUGCCUUCAUCAAGGAUUACAGCCUGAAGGCGCACAUGCAGAAGCACAUCGAGAAGGAACGGCGGGUGAACAGCUGCGAUCAGUGCACACGUGUCUAUACGACUCCGAAGGAGCUGAAAAGGCACCAGCAGCGGGAGCACGGUGCCUUCGCUAAGUGGGUGUGCGACGUGUGUGCCAUGGGUUUCUCUCAUCGCAAGCUGCUGGAGCAGCAUCACCUGACGCACUCGAUGGAGGGGCUGCUGAAGCUUCGCAAACAGUGCGAAAAGUGUCAGCGUUGGUUGUCCAAUGAAAAAUCCUACAAACGGCACAAGGUUCGCUGCAACGCCGAACCGGCCCGGUGUCAGCUAUGUGACCACGUGUCCACCAGCCAGGCGACCCUGAAGUCCCACACCCUGCGCAUGCAUUCCAACGUGCGCAAGUAUGCGUGCACCUACUGCGGCAAGGAGUUUAAAAAGAAGCUGCGCUGCAAGGAACAUGAAGCCAAUCACACCGGGGUUGUGCUCUACAAGUGCGAAUACUGUCCCAGGUCGUGCAAUUCCAGCUCGAAUAUGUACACGCACAAAAAGACUGCUCAUCCGGAGGAGUGGGCGGCUGCUGUAGCUGCUAAGUUGUUUACCCCUAUUUAACGGGGGUCGGGUAGACACGGGAACAGUUGGGUAAGUUGUCCAACUUUACGGUAUUAAACAGAGAAAGAAUCUAU